AUGGACUGACAGCUCAAGUGACGUCUCCACAAAAGGCGGGGAGGUCUCUUUGAACAACCUAACUGGAAGAGAGAGUAGGCGUGGGUUUUAGCCAGGCUCAGGGUGGGAAAAAAAAACCCAGGAGUUGCGAUGAGAGGACGCUGUCCACUUGUCUGCUGGUGCUGAUCUCUGGAAUUUCACUAGGUGCAUCUUCUUCUGACCUCGCUUCAACGGAGAGCGAUAGAAGCCAGGAUUUAGUGGGGACCCUGCUGGGCACAUAUUAAGCCGGAUUUUGGAUCCUUUAUAACUUGAGGGUAGGGGCAAAAAAACAUCAACAAACACCAGCUUGGAUAUGUUUUUCUCUCUUGUCGUUGUGGAUCUUAUGCAUUUUUGUUAAUUCGCUUCGGAUUUGCUUUGCAGAUCACUGCCUCUGGAAAUAACUCAAAAUUCACUCUAUUCACCAUUGUGAUCACUUUUCAUUGAUACCCAGGUGAAGAUGUCAAGGUGUUAUUUAGUUAUUUGGGGAUUGGGAGUCUUUCUUCUACUGGUGGAAGGGAGACCAGCGAAAGAAGAAUAUGGCUUUAAACACUUUCCACCUUUUUUAAGGCUGAGACAUAAGCAAGACCGAAAUCAGGAAAGCACAAGGAACAAAGGUUUCUUCGGUCUAGAAGACAGGCAUUUUGGAUCUUGUGAAAAUAAGUUCUGUGGCCUGGGUAGACAGUGUGUAAUAAGCCAAGGAACUGGACAAGCUGAAUGCAUAUGCAUGGAGCACUGUAAACCCCAUUAUAAACCGGUCUGCGGGUCUGAUGGAGAACUUUAUGAAAACCAUUGUGAAGUACACAGGGCAGCAUGCUUAAAAAAGCAAAAGAUCAUCAUGGUUCAUAAUGAAGACUGCUUUUUUAAAGGAGACAAGUGCAAAUCAACAGAAUACAGCAAGAUGAAGGAGACUUUACUGGAUACAGAAAACAAAAGAAAGGAAAGAAAGGAAAAUCAACAGGAAAACACAGACAAAAAAACAUUCAGAAAAUUUUUGGUGGAUGAAAUUUUUAAAUUCUUUGAUGCGGAUCACAAUGGACUAGUAGACAGUAAUGAAUUAUCCCAGGUAAUAAAGCAGGAAGGAAUUGGUAAAUCGCUCUAUGAAUGUUCUCUGUUUGAUCUAGUCAAGUAUGAUGACUACAAUGGAGAUAAGCAUCUGGCCCUGGAAGAAUUUUACAGAGCAUUUGAGAUUGUUGAACUGAACCUGCCAGAAGAUCAAAUGUUAACCACAACGACCGCAACUGUUGGACAAAGUGUGGUCCUGACCUGUGUGAUCCAGACAAAUAUAAAGCUUUCUUUUAUUUGGAAGCGAAACAAUGUGGUUCUGAACAACCUGGAUUUGGAAGAUAUCAGUGAUUUUGGAGACGAUGGAUCUUUAUACAUUACCAAAGCUACCACAACCCACAUGGGAAAUUACACUUGCCAUGCUGAUGGCUAUGAUAGGGUUUAUCAAACGCAUAUCCUCCAAGUGAAUGUGCCUCCAGUUAUUCGAGUAUAUCCAGAAAGUCAAGCUAGAGAACCAGGUGUGACAGCCAGUCUAAGGUGCCACGCAGAAGGAAUUCCACAACCUCAACUUGGCUGGCUAAAGAAUGGAAUCGAUAUAACUCCAAAAAUAUCCAAACAGCUAGCAGUGCAAGCAAAUGGCACAGAGGUACACAUUAGCAAUGUACGCUAUGAAGACACUGGGGCAUAUACAUGCAUUGCAAAAAAUGCAGCUGGAGUUGAUGAAGACAUCUCUUCUCUUUUUGUGGAGGACUCAGCAAGGAAGACACUUUCCAAUAUAUUAUGGAGAAAAGAAGGGCUUGGAAUUGGAAACUUGUUCUAUGUUUUCAACAAAGAUGGCAUCAAAGUUAUACAACCUGUGGAAUGUGAAUACCAGAGGCACAUUAAAGCCAGUGAAAAAAUUAUCGGAACCCAGGAUGAAGUUUGCCCUCAAGUAGAGGGACAAGAGACACAAAGCUGCAUAUGGGCAUCUGCUGUUAAUGUCAAAGACAAAUUUAUAUAUGUGGCUCAGCCUACUUUAAACCGUGUUCUUCUUGUUGAUGUUCAGACACAAAAAGUUGUGCAGGCUGUAAGCACAGAUCCUGUCCCUGUGAAAUUACAUUAUGACAAAUCACAUGACCAGGUCUGGGUUCUAAGCUGGGGAAACAUGGAAAGGACGUCUUCAACACUUCAGGUCAUAACCCAGGCAAGUGGAAGUGUUUCUCAUCAUACCAUCCACACGCAGCCAGUUGGAAAGCAAUUUGACAGAGUCGAUGACUUUUUCAUUCCUACUACAACACUUAUUAUCAAUCAUAUCAGGUUUGGAUUUAUUCUUCACAGAGAUGAGCCUGCUCUAUUGAAAAUUGAUUUGGAAACAAUGUCAUACAUCAAAACACUUAGCUUGAAAGAUUAUAAUUGCAUCCCUCAGGCGUUGGCCUAUACUCACCUUGGAGGGUAUUAUUUCAUCCACUGUAAACCUGAUACAACUGGAGCUAUAUUUCCUCAGGUUAUAGUGGACAGUGUAACGGAUUCUGUCAUUGGCUAUAACAAAGACGUCACUGGGAUACCAUAUGUUUCUCCAGAUGGUCAUUACCUUGUCAGUAUUGAUGAUGUCAAUGGACUUAUGAGAGUUCAAUCAAUAACAAUUCAAGGAGAAAUUCAGGAUUCCUUUGACAUUCAUACAAAUUUACAUAUUUCAGAUGUGGCCUUUCAAACAUCAUUUAUAGAAGCUCAUCAAUACAAUGUCUAUGCAAGUUCCAGCACGCAAACAGAUGUACUCUUUGUUGAGCUCUCAUCUGGGAAGGUUAAAAUGGUGAAGAGUCUUAAAGAGCCUUUAAAGUCAGAGGAAUGGCCAUGGAGCAAUAAAAAUCGAAUUAUUAAAGAGAGUGGUCUCUUUGGACAAUAUUUGAUGACACCUUCUAAAGAAUCCCUGUUUAUUUUAGAUGGACGGCUCAACAAACUAAACUGUGAGAUAACUGAAGUUGAAAAAGGAAACACAAUAGUGUGGGUUGGAGAAGCAUAAAACGAUUUUAAGUAAAUAAUUAUUCCCCAUAAAUUGAUUGAAAAAAAAUAAAAAUAAAUAAAACUAUAGCUAAACAUAAUGUUCCUACUUUGUGAAAGAGCAUUUUGCAAAAACAACCAAAAUGUAUGUAAACCAACACAACCCACUUAAAGCAUCUACACCAGGGGUGCCCAAAAGGUAGAUCCCGAGAAGUUUUAAAACUACAGCUUCCAUGAUGCUUUGUCAUUCUAAAGGCAUGCAGAGCAUUAUAAAUGGUGUAGUUCUACAACAUUUGGAGAUCUACCUACUGGGCACCCCUGAUUUACACUGUAGCUCUUUCUUUUGCUCUUUCAGUAUGGAUUAGCACUGACCUGUGUGAUUUCCAGUAACUUGUGUCUCUUAUUUAAGUAUUGUGUUUAUCCACCAUUGCUUUCAGUCCCAUCUCUUGGCAUUCAAUUUUCUGAGUACCCAUGUCACUUGGCAUCUCAUUCCUCAUAGCAUACAACUGCAGUUUCUCUGCACACUUCCCCCACAUGUUUCUGAGCUUUGGGUUCUGUCUGCUGUAUCAUUUAUUUUAAUUAUUUGUGAUCAUCAUAUUUUAGCACUACUUGGUGCCAUAUCUCUUCAAAGUCUCUUGACCCUAUCUUAUAUCUUUCCAGCUGAACUGCCCUACAAUAUAUUCCCUGCGAAACCAUAUAUAUCUCCAGCUAAAUGCCUGUUUGCUCAGAAACAUAUUCCAGCCCUAUCAGCACAAUUCUUUCUCCAGUCUUACCCCUGUUUCACCAGUAAUAUUUCCACACAUCACAUUCUUUCCCUCCUAAAUAUAUAAGAUGAUUUCACCCAUUUUAUUGGUACCCCCUUUCCAGAAAUUUCCCCCAGCACAAUUUCUGGGCAGGACUUUUCCCAUUACUUCAGAUUACUUGAUUUCAUCCAUUGGCAUAUAAAGUAAGGAGAAAUUACCAGUGGAUUCUCUGAGACAAGUUCCUAUGUAUGUGCCUCGGGCUGUACAGGCAUCACUGAGAUGCCUAGGACAGAGCUGUCACUUCCCAGCCAAGCUAUGUGAUGCCUCUGACAGCAAUGCCUUAGGCUUAAAAGCAUUUUGGUCAUGCCUAGCAGGCUCCUCUCACUCAUCUCUAUCACUAUCUCAGCGGUCAGUGGGAAGACCCUGUAAUGUAAAAAUACAUAUGUCCCUAAACAUUGGACAUUUCAACCUAGUGAUGAACAUGUGUUUUUAUUUAUAAACAGUGAACUGAUGUUUUCACUUUAACACGGUUUUUCAGUUUGUAGUGAAUGAACUCAUUCCUUUCAUAUAUCUUGCCCAGAAAGGACUCUUAAUGAUUGUAAAUGUUCCAACUUUUGUUUCAAACACAACAAUUUCAUUUUGGAUAUGUGAUAUCCUACAAACCUACAGAGCUGUUACAUAUACAUAACUGCACAAUUAUCUUUCACAAUAGGAACAUUUUAGUGUCCCUUUAAAAGUAUGAUUAUUUGUUUCUCUAUGGCUAUUUUGCUUUAACAAAUUUAUGUAAUUUUAAAUAAGUUUGCAAAGCCCAGGCUGACUUUAGUUUUUUAUAGUAAAUAAAAAUGACAGAAGUACGUUAAACUAAAAUAUUUAUUAAUGAUUAGCUUAGCAUAUAUUCAAGUAAUAUGUACAAUUAUAUAACUUUUUAUAGUUUUCAUAAAAUGAACUCUAAAAUGACAAAAAGAAAAAAAUGAAGACUUUUUUUAUUAGCAAUUUAUGUUUUCAUUUGCUUUUCUUAAGAUAUUAAGUUUCAUGAUAUUCUAAAACAUCUAGGUCAUGUCCUCUGUUCAUUUGUGCCUUGGGUGGAAACAUUUCUAAGAUACAAACAAAAAAAUGGAAAUGCAUAAUUUAAUACCAUUAAGGGUGUAAAAUGUCUCAAAAACACAAAACUUUUAUGUAAAGUAGGCAUCCAUAAAUCCACUCAUCCCCCCUACUUGUUGCUGAACUACAACUUCCAUGAUUCUCUGGCUGUCGAUUGUACUCAUAUAAUUCUGGGAGUUGUAGGCCAUCAACAUUUGGUAGGUGAGAUUUUUAGAUCUCUGGUGUAGUGAUUUAUACAACUGUGCAAUAUUUGUUAGACUCAAAAUUAUUUAUCUUUAUUUUUUUUUUUGUCUUGUUUCUUUUCUCACAUACUUCAAAUAUGUUAAAGUAUUUGUCUGAUUUUGGACAUUUAAUAAUGUAUUUAGAAAAUAAGCAUGAUUAUCAUAAGCAUUUCAGCAUUUUUUCCUACCCACUUAAAGAUUUCAGGUAAAUGUGUAAUUUUGACAUGUAUUGUAUUAUAUAAGGUUUUUUUGUUUUUGUUUUUUUAAGUCUUGGUGAUUUGAGGUAACUCUAUGUGCUGUAUUUCAGACAAAACUGAGACAUUCAUCUGUGAACUCACCUGUAUAAUGUAUAUUAGAUUACCAAAAGAAAGUUUUUUUUUUUGUUUUUUUUUUAAAGGUAAUGCUAAAUAAGAAUUGUAAUUAGAAAAAUGUCACAAUUACAUAAAUAUGCUUGCUUAAAUUAUGCUUCUCCAAUUUAAGUUUUUGAUUGGCAGUCAUUGCAAGUUAAUGUUAAAAGAGGUGCAAAUUCAUCUGUUAGCCAGUUAAAGUAAUACAUUUGAAUUAAAUGUUGACAAGUCUAAUUGCAUAUUGCUUUUGAUCAAAUUAUAACAACUGGAUGAUUUUAAGUUGCUUAAUUAAUUGUAGAAUCAUGUUUUAUUGGUGAUUUGUCAAUGUAUGAGUCAAUUCUAAAUUUCAGGCAAAUUUAAAAACUAUGGAGUCUAUUCACUAAAUUAUGACAUGUGAAUCAACUUUUGAGAGAAAGUAAAAUAAGGGAAAUUUAUGUUUAAAAACAAGUCUGUGCCUAAAACAAGCUCCUACUUAUCCAGUUCUUACUAACUGUCAUACAUGGGAAAAUAUUGGCUCCAAAAACAGCAGAUUAAAGCAAAAAACUAAAUAUACAUAUACAUUGUUGAAGUGUUGUGGUUACCAGGACCCUUUUUACAACAGUUUGCUGCCCCCAUUCUUCAUAUAAUUUGUUAUGCUUGAGAAUCUGUGCUGAAGUACAUGGGAAUACCUGCUACUAUUGAAGAUGAAUGAGCUUAGAGUAUACCCUAAACUUACAGGCCUCUUAAGAGUCCCACUUUUUGCAGGACAUUCACAAUUUUGGAGUCCCAUCCUGCUUUAAUUCGUAAAUGUUUCCAGGUAGCAUAGCACAAGCGCAUAUGUGUUUGCAGUUUCAGCUGGCAGUAGGGCCAUGCAAAGAUAAUUUCACUAGCACACCCUGCAAAGACAUGAAAGCUGGGGUCUACCCAGACAACCUGUCAGUGGGCAGGCCUGCCCCUUUUAUGACUAGGACCACUCAUAAUGGGCAACACCAGUGACAUGAGUUGCAUCACUGAAAGCACCCUAUCAGGACCCUGCCCACCUGUCUAGAUUUUAUACCUCCCGUUGUUGAGCUCUAUGUACUUAUAUCCUAUUACUGUUAGUGUGUGUGUGUGUGUGUGUGUGUGUGCGCACUAAAAUCCACAUGUCAAAUAUAAACACUAGCCUUAUUUUGCUCUCCUAUGCAUUAAUUUUGUAUUUUAAGGUUUUUAUUUUACUGAAUUCUUGUUAUUAUAGGCUAAUGAUGGACUUGAUAGUAUCCACAGCAACCCUUGAUUUUGCCAUCAUAUUUUAUAAGUAUUUUUGAUAUAUAUGAAGGUUAUGAAAGUGCCCCAUAGCUGUAUAUAUAUUAAAGUACAUGAGUGGUGAGAUUUUAAUUAUUCGACACUCUAUGCAAGAGGGAUAUGCACUGAUUGUUUAAGUGGUCUUGGUGUACCCUAGAAUUGUAUGCUGGACAUGUCUGUGUGGUUUGGGCACUGUUAGUGUCAGGGUGGCUAGGUAUCGAUUUGGCACUGUAUUUGGUGUGGUAUAAUUGUGUGUACACUAUGCUAUAUACUGGAAAGAGAAAUGGCCUCUUCAACAGGCUGCCCUCCAUGUAUUUACCUUCACACUCAAAUCUAAUUGGAGUGCAAGAUCUGUGUAUUUGUAUUUAUUUUUAUUUCAAUGAACGUAGGGCUAUUUCUUAUGUUUCUUUAGUUUGCUGGAAAUCAAUGGGAUCAGCAAACAUCUUUUCAAAUUCUUCCCCCUUUGUGCACAGUGUGGCAUGGGUAGUAUUUUUUUUUUAUAAUUAUUUUUACUUUUAACUGUUGGAUCUCUAACAAUGAAAUGCUUCCAGCAGGCAUUUUUAUUUUAUAGCUGGAAUCAGGAAUAGAAACUCAAGACUUUUCAAAAGAUUCUGUUUCUGCAGGUGAUUAAAAUAGUCAUUGUACAAAUUGGUUUCAAAGUGGUUUAUUCAUUAAAGAUGGAAUGGUUAGAUUGAUAACUGCAUUGUAAAACUAAGGCUAGAAUAGCCAAGAUGCAAUUAUAGCUUAGAUGGAGAAUGUUACCAAAUCAGCUAUUUGUAUCUACAGCUUUCCAUUCACUUCACUUCAAUUCACUAUAAUUAACUAUUCAAUGACUAAACCCCAAAGUUAGUGCAAAUCAAUCUUUAGUGAUAAGAUCUUUAUGGGAAUUAUAAGUCAAAUAAUGAAAUGUAAAAAGCUAAUAAGUAGCAUUAAAUAUAUCCAACUAUAUGGGAAUUUAGGUCUUUUUUAGUUUAGUUCUAUACCUGGCUGGCAAUUUACCACAACUUUUGAGUCAAUAGACUCUUACAAAAAUGCAACAUUUAUUUAGAACCAUGAUAGAAUAAUUGAAUAAAGUUACCAAGAAAAUAAAAUAAAGAAACAUUGCAUCAGUUUAGAACAGUCAGGUUGUAAUAAUGAUAUGUAAGGCAUCUCACUAAAAUUGGUUAAGAUUAUUUCAUGGCUAUCUUAAGUAGUGUAUUAAAGAAACACAUGGGAUGUUAUCAGAAAAAAAAAAGACUAGUGCUUUGGCUAACAUAGGAUUAGGAAAAAAAUGUGCUAUCUGUACGUAACUAUAUGCAAGUUAAGAAACUUCUGGGCAGAAACUGUUAAGGAUUUGUCCUUUCUCUAUUAAGAAAAAAUGUAGAAUCAUUGCUAUACAAUAUAAUAAGGUCUAAAACUAGAAUGUGUGUAAUAGAAUCUUGGUCCAAAAAACUUUGUAGAAUAUAUACAAGAAGAGUUAUGUGGUCAACCUUUCCUUAAGCUAAGAUUAAUUCUAGGGGUAAAAAAAAAAAAAAACAACAAAUA